AUGUUCUUAAGGCCAAUUGGUAUUUCCAAAGAGUUUUCAAGGAGACUUGCUACUGCGGCUGCUCAAUCUCCUAAAUUAACGGAUGUAUUGAUCGUUGGAGGUGGACCCGCAGGUCUAACCCUUGCGGCUGCCAUCAAGUCGUCACCAACCCUACAGCACUUAUCGACUACGUUAGUAGACGCCGGUGAUCUGAAAGGUAAAGUUGCUUCAUUUUAUGACAAUCCUCCAGAUGAGUAUACAAAUCGUGUCAUCAGUUUAACACCUCCGUCAAGGAGCUUUCUCCAACAUAGAGCCGGGGCAAGCCUGAUGCAGGACAGAAUUCAGAGCUAUGAUGGUUUGUAUGUGACAGAUGGGUGCUCAACCGCUACUUUGGAUAUGGAGCGGGAUACAAUGGCUUGCAUGAUUGAGAUCUUGAAUGUUCAAUCGUCCCUGUUGAAAAGGCUCUCUGAUCUUCAACCAGAUCCUAAAGCGUUUCAACUAUUGGAUAAGACAAAAGUAGCAAGCAUCGAGUAUAGUGAUCCGGAGGACAUCAAAUCAUGGCCAAUUGUUACUCUGGAUAAUGGCGAGACUUACAAAACAAGAUUACUAGUAGGUGCUGAUGGUUUCAAUUCUCCAGUUAGAAAAUUCUCCAAGAUUCAAUCCCGUGGUUGGUUCUACAACAGAUUCGGCGUGGUAGCCACAAUGAAGUUAGAGUACCCUCCUUACAAGAUCAGAGGUUGGCAAAGGUUUUUACCAACUGGUCCUAUCGCGCAUUUACCUUUGCCAGGAGAAAACGCCACAUUAGUGUGGAGUACUACUGAACCGCUGUCCAAAUUGCUGACUUCAUUGCCAGUCGAGCAGUUCACUGCUCUGGUGAAUGCAGCUUUUGUGCUUGAAGACGCUGACAUGAAGUUCUAUUAUAAGCAGCUUGAAAAUGGAACCAUGUCUACCGAGGAAUUAAUCGAGGAUGUGAACUUUAGAACUGAACAAGUCUAUGAUUCAUUACAAGUCGAAGAGCUCGUUGACGAAAUAUAUCCUCCGAAAGUAGCCACCGUUUUGAGUGAAAGCAGAGCUCGCUUUCCAUUGAAACUGUCGCAUGCAGAUACGUACUGUGGGGAGCGUAUCGCGCUGGUUGGUGAUGCAGCUCAUACUACACAUCCGCUGGCGGGUCAGGGGUUGAAUAUGGGUCAAGGUGAUGUCGAAGCCCUUGUCGAUGCCUUAGAGAGGGCAACAUCAAGAGGGUCUGACAUUGGUUCGCUUCUCAGUCUCGAACCAUUCUGGGCUGAACGCUACCCUAUCAACAACAUGCUUCUUGGGAUUGUGGACAAGCUACAUAAGAUCUACAGCACUGAUUUCGCUCCAGUUGUUGCUCUCAGAUCCGCAGGCGUGAAUAUUAUCAACAAUUUUCCACCAGUCAAGAACUUGAUCAAGGGUAUUUUAGGUGAAUCCGGUAAGUAA